AUGGACAAUAGUAAAAACACUGGAUUUUCGAUGGAUUUUAAAUGGACCAUUCCUAUUCACUUCACAAUCCCUGCAACAAUUGUGGCUAUUGGAACCUUUUCUGCAUUAUUUAGCAAAAAAUGCUACUUUAUUCACAGUUUGGGAUGCUUAAGAUAAAAUCUAAAAAACUCAGUUAAUUUAAAAUAGCUUUCUUCAUUAUAAAAAAAGGAUAAAAGCUUAGUUUACGUUAGUGGAUAAGUAUAAUAAAAUUCUGCUUGUACUGCUGUGACUGACCCAAUGUUUGGUGUUUCAUCUAAAAUAAAUAGUUUGGGUUUGUAUAGAAAAUUAGAGAUUAAAAAAUAAAUAAAUGAUAGAUAAUAUGAAUGGUUAAAUAUAAACACUUGUGAUAUAAUACCUAACGAAAUAAGUAAACUAAGUAGCUGUGUUAUAACUAAUUCAGAUAUCAAGGUUGAAAAUCUUACUUUAGCCUAACCACUUCUCAUUGAACUAGCAGAAAAAAAUUCUACAUAGAUAGAUAUAAACGCUUCUAAUAUUGAUGAAUAUUUUGAAGAAAUAUAUAAGCAAUUUUUAGCUUUCAAAAACAAAUAAUAUUCUUAAGAAAAUCUUGCAAACAAGAAUACUAACUAUGAAAAUCACCCUUUUACAUAUGGAAUAUAAAACUAUAAAGAUAUCUUCUAUGAAAAUAAUUACAUUUAUAUUCGUGGAAUGGAUAAAAAAGAUUUUAUAAGAAUAUCAUUUUAUGAUAUUUAAAAUAUUGCUAAUGUUUCAUUGAUUGCUUUUAAGGAUAAUAAUACUCUUACUUAAUUUAAAAUCUAAGAAUUACUUACAGAUAAAAAUUAUGUUAAAGUUAUGAACCAUGAAGGAUAAUAUGUCUAUAAAAACAUAUCAUUAAUAAGCUUUAUAGAAAAAGGAAUUAUAGAACAUAAAGAAAUGAUUCAAAAAAUAUUCUUUAGAACAAGCUAAAAUUCGAUUUCAAUUGCUUUAUUAUACGCUUUCGCUAUAUAUAUUUUCUAUUAGCUGUUGUGUGAAUAAAUAGGUCCUGUCCUAGAUUAUGAAAAUUGGUCAGAAGAAGGUAUCAAUAAGCUUGUAAAAAAAUCAGUUAAUAUAGAGAAUAAUGUAAUUUAAGUCUCUUAGCUUACACACUUCACUACAAAAUACGUGUUGUUAUCAUCACUAUUGCAUAUACCAUCUGUUUAUUUAUACAGCAAGGGUAGCUCUUAUUAUUUAUUAUUUGGUUUACCUCUAAUAUCAUUUUGGUUAAUGGCUUUGAAUAGAAAAAUAGUUUAUUAAAAAAAAGUAGAUGAAGAAAUAAGCAUACUUUAAAAAUAUCAAGAAAAAUUUAACUAGUCUUAAUAAAAUCAGCUAGUGGCAGGGAAUAACAUUUUCGAUUAAAUAGAAUUCACAAAAAAAUGA